GUGAAUUUGCAGACACUCUCUGUACAUUUGCGCAGCCAUUCAGUUCAAGUUCUUUGGAAAGUCUUUUGACCACUGCAGCGUUGCAGACGCAAAGAUGCCACUCAAUGGAGUGGAAGCUGCCGAUACAGCUUUCAUUCUCAUUUGUGCAGCCUUGGUUCAGCUGAUGACCCCUGGACUGGCAUUCUUUUAUGGCGGGCUGGUGAAGGAUACGAGCGUACUGACAAUGAUGAUGCAGUGCUUUAUUUCUAUGGGCGUGACAAGCAUAUUUUGGUUCUUAUUUGGCUUCUCGCUCUGCUUUGGUGAGAGCGUGGGCUUUUUCGGAAACCCUUGGACCUACAUGGCCUUGCGGGGCCUGAGCGUUCACGAGGCCCUUCCUGGCCAGUCAAUUCCUGGUCUCCUUUUCAUGGCAUACCAAGGUAUGUUUGCAGUAAUAACUCCUGCCUUGAUGACCGGUGCAUUUGCAGAUCGCUUUCGCUUUAAACCAUACCUGUUUUUUAUUGUGCUUUGGCUUUUGUUUGUCUACUGUCCUUGGUGCCAUUGGCUAUGGGGUGGUGGCUUCCUUUAUCAGUGGGGAUGCAGAGACUUCGCUGGAGGCAUUGUAGUGCAUGUCACUGCUGGCUUCGGCGCUUUGGCCAGUCUCUUUGUGGUAGGCAAACGAGAGAUUCCUGAACAUGAAAAAGAUCAUCAUAGAAAGCCGCACAAUGUGCCGUUUGUUGCUUUGGGCACUGCGCUGCUGUGGUUUGGCUGGUUUGGCUUCAAUCCAGGAUCUGCGCUGGCUUGCAACGGAGUGGCGGUUGCAGCUGCUGUGAACUCUGAGAUUGCAGCAUCAGUGUCGACCUUUUUGUGGCUCCUGAUUGAGUGGAUCCGGCUUGGACGGCCCACUUUGAUUGGCCUUUGUGUCGGUGCUAUCGCGGGCCUUGCGACGAUUACACCUGCUGCUGGCUUCGUUGAACCAAGUGGUGCGUUUGUUUAUGGCCUGGUGGCAACCUUCUUUUGCUUUGCAUCAUGCGAACUGAUCAAGCAAAUGGGCUUGGAUGAUGCAUUGGAUGUGUGGGGCGUGCAUGGCAUGGGUGGCUGGAUUGGAUCAAUCCUGCUUGGAGCAUUUGCUGACAGCUCGGAAUGCAUGGGCGCAUCACCCCCCUCAAUCUGCCUCAAUCCAGGAGUGCCACCAUACCGGUCCUGGGAGCAGUUGGGCAAGCAAACUGUAGCUACGCUUUUCUGCAGCGUAUAUUCUUUGGCUGUUUCCUGGGUCCUGCUCAAGGCCAUUAGCAUGUGUAUGCCUUUGAAGCCACAAAGUCUUCAUGUUGAUCUUCAUGAACAUCACGAGGUGGCCUACCACAGCCCUAUUCGGAGCUACAUGCCGGGGACCGAGCAGAAGCUUCAGCAUCAAGGCAGCCAAGAGAGCCAAUCCUCCUCGUCUUCUGAGAGUUGGUUUUGAUUGUGAUUGAUUAAGCAGUGCCAAAUUUGCCCUGCGUGAAGGAG